AUGCCACCUUGGAAAUACACAAAUGAGUGCUUUGUUGUCGUUGAAGAGAAAUGGGGCUUGGCGCCAAUUGUUGCCUUCCAGCAGGUCAGCAGCCGAGAAUAUAUCCCGAACCACCGCCAUGUCGACAAUGACCAAAGGUCCCCUCCUGGAAAUGCUACAGUACGGCUCCGAGAUGUCACAGCAUUAUCAAUCGUUCUAGGGUUGACUUUAUACCUUACUUUUGGCUACGGUCGACCAGGACUUAUCUUUAUGACAUUGUAUUCCCUUAGACGAUCAUUACUUGUGAUCGGGAUUUUCUGCUGCUCAUGGGCUGGAUCCUACGUUUUCGUGAAACCAAAUGAAAACGUUCGACUUGCCAAGGUGAUUCGCUCAGGAAAACCUGUCAAAGUCCCGAUUGAUCAAAUUUCCAUUGGUGACAAGGUGAUGCUUGAGCCUGGGGAUUUUGUUGUUGCCAAUGGUAUCUUAGUCAAUGGAUACCAAAUCAAAUGCGAAGAAUCCUCAUGCAUCAUUGAGAAAACCCCUGUGAAUGAUAUCUAUGAUGCAACCGAACGAGGCGAUGUUGCGUGGAAGCCAGAUCCAUUCAUUGUUAAAGGAAGCCAAGUUACCCAAGGUGUUGGGUUAUUCGUUAUUACCGAGGCGUCACAACGCGAGUUCGUCAUUACUAAAACGUCACAAUGCGAGUUCGUCAUAUCUAUGAAGGUUGAUGAAGCCCCAGACAAAGAAUCUGCCCCCAUACCGAGGGCUUCGGGUCUCUCAGAAUUUAAUAUCGGUCAAGUCCGCUAUGAGAAAACCAAAGAUGAUGGUGAAGGCGAGGUGGAAGAACCAGAAGACGAACUGGACAAACUGAAGGACGACCUGAGCAAACUAGAGGAUGGGAUCCAUAAACAAGAAGACAAGUCAGAGAAACCGGAAGGCGCGACACAAAGGUUUAGGAGAUUGUCUAAAAAAUCGAUUCUUGGUGAAACAACAGGGUCGGAACCACCCACGGCCGAUUCAAACCCUCCGUUAGACUACUCAGAAACGAGGGGUCCCUCGAUGAGAGCGGGUCAGGUUGGAGAUCCAGGUUUUCAAAAACCCAACCGCAUCACAUACGAACAACUGAUCACUGAAGUUCGAGAAAUCUAUUCAGGGCUGGUGGUGGCGGAGAAGAAGUGUAUUGAGAUUGAAAAGCAACAGAUGGAAUCAAAAGCUAAACUAUUAGACCAUACCGAGGCCGGUGAGGAAGAGGAGAGAGAGGAGGGAGAGGAAAGAGAGGAGGGAGAAGAAAGAGAGGAAGAAGAGGAAGAAGAGGAAGAAGAGAAAGAAGAGGAAGAAGAGAAAGAAGAGGAAGAAGAAAUUGAUGCAAUACGGGACACAAAAGAAGCAGACGAGAAAAAACACAACAACCAAUCUUCCGCCGAAAUCGUAGCCUCGGGAACCCCAAGCAUUUUGAAUGACAAUGACUUUCGGCUUGGCCUUGGUAGCAAGUACGACCAGAACCACGAGGGUGAUUUGAACGAUGUGCACGAAGAAGAACAUGAAGAGUACAAGGAAAACCAUGAGUAUAACAAAAACAGUAGUUAUGAUGCCUCGUUUCCCCUUGAAGAGAACUUGAUGGAUUGGCGUCGAUUCAAACUCCCGCCUUCGCCUCAACCUAGCCCACGAGACCGCGAGUUUUACGUUCCUGGAAUGAUAGAAGGAAUUCCGGUAUUCGCUACCCCCGACUUCGGUUCAGGGUUUAAUAUAGUGUCGCAGGAAAUGGCUGAGAUGCAUGGUUUGACCAUCGAUACUGGAGAUACAGAGUCAUAUGGGUUGCCCAAUGGUGUUAUUGGAGCCUUUGUCGGUACGGUCCAGGUUUUUUGGUCUUUCCUUAACGAGAUGGAGACAUACCACUGCGUCUUUCAUGUUUUAAAGACCUGUGUCUGUGACAUGAUUCUUGGCAGAGAUUUCCUCAGCGACACCAAAACAUUCACGCAAUUUGCUUCUCAGCGAAUCCAAGUGAGGUAUGGAGGGCACAGUCUAUCCUCCAUUCAGAGAGUGCUUUUUGUGGAUCAGACGAAUCCAUCUUCGAGGCAAAGACUUUUGGGUGAAAUUGACGGGCAUCCCAUUGGAGGCUUUACUGAUACUUCUUCCGACCUCACAAUUAUCAGACGUUCCACAGCAGUGCAGCUAGCACAAAGGAUGGACUGGGAUAUUGACUGGAACCGCAUAACGCAAGUCCAAUUUGUGGAUGGAUCAACUGCUUAUACGAGUGGCUUGAUACGUGACAUCACCUGGGGCUUCGGUGCCGAUCCUCGCCAGGAUGAUACCAUUCGUCUUGAUCUCCAUGUCAUGGAUCGAAUACCUUGUGCCUUAAUAUUGGACAAAUGGCUCCUGUGGGACCAUAGGGCUUUCACGAGAUACGCCUGUUGUUUCAUUGACAUUGGCGUUGGUGACAAAAUCGGAACCAAGAAACCCAUUUUAUGGGUCCGUGAGAAAAAAAAUCACAAAUAUGAGCAAGAAAAACCAAGCCCAGCCGACGCGGAGGCAAGGCACAGAACUAGGGUAAUGGAUGAGAUAGAAGAACUGCCAUUCGAUAAACGCGCCGCUGCGAUGGCAGAGGAAAUCCGCCGAAUUCAGGAAUGGGAAGUUACCUGGCGGGUCCAGUGGUUCUUCAUCGCCACAAUCCUUCAGUAUGCAGGGUUCCGGCAGCAAAAGGGAAAAGGUCUCUUCGAUAUUCCGUAG